AGGCCAAAAGGGAGCCCCGGCGAGUUGGAAACGAAAAGCAAGGGAAAGCCAAAAGGCAGAAUCCGCGAGACAAGAAAGCAGUAGGAAGGAGAGGUUGCGUCCCAGCCCCACCCGCCAUCUCCUCUUCUUCCCUUUCCUCGGCGCCUUUCCACGAUUCAGAUUCACAAAGAUUGGAGGACCCUUCUUCCUGCCGCGCGGCAAUUCUCGUUCGUUCCAGUGCCCAGGGCGCUGUUCUUGAGCGGAGAGCGGAGGGCGCCGGCCGGGCUCGCGAUGGGGCAGGACGGCCAGCAGAUCCGCCGCGACAAGCUCAUCAUCGACACGGAUCCCGGCAUCGAUGAUAGCAUGACGAUCCUAAUGGCGUUCAGAGCACCUAGUUUGGAAAUCAUUGGGCUCACAACCAUAUUUGGCAACGUGGAUACAGUGGGCGCAACACGUAAUGCGCUAUUGCUGUGUGAGAGAGCAGGACACCCUGAAGUUCCAGUAGCAGAGGGAAGCCACGAGCCCCUAAAGGGAGGAAAGCCCCGUGUUGCUGAUUUCGUUCAUGGCUCAGAUGGCAUUGGGAAUCUGUUUCUUCCUGCACCCUCUGCUAAGAAGGUUGAGGAAAGUGCUGCUGAUUUCCUGAUUAAUAAGGUCUCUGAGUUUCCAGGAGAGGUCUCUGUGCUUGCUUUGGGACCCCUGACAAAUGUAGCAUUGGCCAUCAAAAGAGACCCUUCUUUUGCAAGCAAGGUGAAGAAAAUAGUUGUACUGGGUGGAGCUUUCUUUGCAGCUGGAAAUGUCAACCCUGCUGCUGAAGCAAAUAUCCAUGGAGACCCAGAAGCAGCUGACAUAGUUUUUACUUCAGGAGCAGAUAUCGUUGUGGUUGGCAUUAACAUAACAACACAAGUCUGCUUGACAGAUGAGGAUCUCUUGGAGCUAAGAAACUCGAAAGGGAAGCAUGCACCGUUGUUAUCUGAGAUGUGCAAGUUCUACAGGGAUUGGCAUGCCAAGUCUGACGGCUUCCAUGGAAUUUUCCUUCAUGAUCCUGUGAGCUUCACUGCCGUACUUCAUCCCGAGUACUUCACAUUCAAGAAGGGUGUGGUGAGGGUGGAGACCCAGGGCAUUUGCACUGGCCACACUUUGAUGGAUCACGGAUUGAAGAAGUGGAAUUCAGAGAACCCAUGGUCAGGGUAUAAACCGAUUUCAGUUGCGUGGACGGUCGAUGUGCCAAAGGUUAUCAGCUUUGUAAAGAAGCUGCUCAUGGCACAAUGAGCAACGACAUCAGCGCUCUCUGAUGUCCAAGAAAAUUUGACAAGCGAAGAAAACGAUAUGCUUGACGUUGACCCAUACUCCUUACUGUUAAGAGCAGUGAACAACUUAUGUCUUUCAUUGAUCUCAUAGAAUAUAUACAAGUGAAGGGGGCAUGUCCGUACGGACACAACCGUUCAGUUUACAGAACCACCGAAGGGACAUGCCUCUUCAGGGAUUACUGACUGCUAAUCCUAUGAUUAACUGCUAAUCCACUUCUCUAAUCUUGUUGUAUCAACGGAUGAGAUCAUUAGUGAUAAGGUGUCUAUUCACCAACAGACACCGUUUCGCAACACUCCCCCUUGAUCGAAUCUUCCUUUGAGAUCAAUGUAGCUGUAAGCUUAGAUUCCUCGAAAAACCAUGUGGGAAAAAUCUGAGGAAUAUGUAUGUAUGGAUAUGCUGUAAAACUCCUUUAAACCUUUAUAGGAAAACAAGAAGAAGGUAGCA